AGUGUUUUCGGGAUGGCACCGUGAACAUCCCGAGAGGAAUCGAGCGGGAUCUUUGGACAGAUCAAAAUGCAGCCCUGUUCUAAGAAACGGGGGAGGGAUGACGUAAUUUGACAUCGGGCCCAAAAAUCCUCAGCGAAUAACUUAGCGCGCACGAGGUAGCGGAGGAGUGCUGCCCCAGCUGUUUCCUGUUGAAAAUGUCUCCGUAAUGUAGAUAAAUGUGAGGGAUUUUCUCCACGAAAUCCGUCUCCUGCCUGCUAAAUCUCACGUCUCCGAAUCGAGCCUGCGCAAUGGAACAAAGUCGGAAUAUCAGGACGUGACACCGGCACCGCGUUUCCUCCUCUCCGCUUCUUUUCUCGCACCUUUUAUUUAUUUCAUUUUAUUUUAUUUGAAUGACUUUGGAACAAGUGUUUUCGCCGGACAGACGCUGGGAUGUCUAGGGGACAUUUGGGUGAUGUCCUGAAGUGGACCAUGCGCUGUGUGUCUCGCGGCCGCGCGCUCGCCCGGCUGCUGCUGCUGCUGUGCGCGCUCGCGCUGACGCCGGUGGCGGCGAGGGCGGGGCCUGAGACUCUGUGCGGGGCGGAGCUUGUGGACACGCUGCAGUUUGUGUGCGGGGACCGGGGCUUUUAUUUCAGCAAGCCGACAGGCUACGGCCCCAACUCGCGGCGCUUGCACAACCGUGGCAUCGUAGACGAAUGCUGCUUCCAGAGCUGUGAGCUGAAACGACUCGAGAUGUACUGCGCGCCGGUCAAAUCUGGUAAAGCGCCACGAUCGGUACGAGAGCAACGGCACACAGACACGCCCAAAACACCAAAGAAACCUAUAUCUGGUCACAGCCAUACAUCCUGUAAGGAGGUUCAUCAGAAGAACUCGAGCCGAGGGAACACCGGCGGGAGGAACUAUCGGAUGUAAUUAAGAGAAGGAUGAGCGGAACCGACGGACAGUGACGAGAAGAGGAGAGCGAGAACAAGUCCGACCUUACCGGGUUUUCAAGACGAGUGGUUCACUCGAAAGGCAAAAUAUAUAUAUAAUAAAAUAAAAUAAAAAGGAUAAGGGACCAAACCAAAUGUA